AAGUCGAAGGCAAGAUCAGAGAAACCGGGGAGCGUGUUCCGUUGAAGGAACGAGUGCCAUACAAAGAGUUUUCACAUAGCUUGGUGAGUUACUUACUAUAUAAACUAGGGGUGCGAAAAUGUAGCCCUCAAGUGCAAACACCGAGCAAAGAAGUGCAGCCAGUUUAGAGGUCAGGCUCGGGGCAGCGCGGGGUGUAGAGGGAGUCAACUCAGGUCACCUACUGAGCUAGCUGCUAGGCCGGAUUUGCCGGUAUUGGCACUGCAAUUAAUGUUCCCGAAAUUAAUUCGUUCCAUAAAGAGAACUCGGAGUAGUUCCCUUAUUUUCCGGACGCUGGCCACUGGUCGAAUCAAGUUUUCCCCGGGAUAUUGGCAGCAGGCGCAGUGGGAGAGCAGUGGCCUUCAGCUGAAGCGGAGCUGCUUGCCACAAUGGGUGGAAAUGGCGACGAGGAUACGGAGCGACUCAUAGGGGACGACUCUGCCAGUACUGGCGAGAGUGCAACGCAGCACGCGGCCAUCACGGGAACCAGUGGACAGGGACCAGUGCACGAACGUUGUGUAGAUGGUCCAUUCACGAGCCCUGCCUCGGACAAAGUGGCAGGCAAUAGCACGUCCAGAUUGUCAUCGGGGAUGUCGUCGCCGUCGGCAACGCAGGAAACAUUGGACGAUGACAUCAUGACGACGAUGAUCAACGCCGGCAGCUCAGGCCUGGGUAUGAGAUGUGUUCGAUAUUGUCCCACUCUUGUACGUGUUGCUUUGUCUCCACGAGGCCGUGAAGAAGCCAAGAAGAUCCUACGAUACUGCGUGCCCAUGAUUCUCUUCCUGCUGACGACGCACUUGGCACGGUUUCAGACAGUCCUGUUGGCCGGCCGCAUGCUGGGAGCGAUCGAGCUGGACGCUGUCGCUCUUGCCCUCUCUUACACCAACGUGGCUGGUCUCUCCAUUGUCAUCGGUCUGGUGACGGCGUGUGAGACGCUCUUCGCCCAGGCGUUUGGCAGUGUGAACAAGAAACGUGUUGGAAUUAUCAUGCAACAAGGUGUCUGUAUUAUGACGCUGGUGAUCCUGCCACUGACUAUCAUCUUCCUCAAUGCCGAACGCUUCAUGCUCUGGUUCGGUCAGAACCCAGAGGUAGCGAGACUAGCGGGAGUGUUUGCGCUGUACAACUAUUUCACUUUGAUUCCGUACAUGUUCUACAGUCUGGCAACACGCUACAUCAUAUGCCAGGGUAUGAUGUAUCCGACCGUUCUGUUCGGUGUGUUUGGCAACGUUGUUACGUUCGUCGCCAACAUCGUCUGUGUCAAGUACCUGGGCCUCGGCGUCAAGGGUGUGUCGAUUGGCUACUUGUGUGGAAUGACCUCGUACCCGAUCAUCGCCUGGCUCUACAUCUGGAAGCGGAAACUUUACGUGAACACGUGGGAUGGUUUGAAGUGGGAGAGUAUUCACGAAUGGAAACCGUUCACGCAUUUGGCCAUCUCCGGGCUGUUGAUGAUUUGUAUUGAGUGGUGGACCUACGAGAUCGUGCUCCUUCUUUCAGGUGUGCUAGGGGAUCUAGCUAUCGCUGUCAGUGUUGUGGUCUAUCAGCUGUUUGUCAUCACGUUUAUGAUACCAUUAGCGGGCGGCAUAGCCGUCAGUAUUGCCGUGGGCAACGCACUGGGUGCGGGUGAGCCAGUGCGCGCACGGUGCGCUAGCUAUGUUGGUUUCUGCUUGAACUUCACGCUGGCAGUGUUCUUCUGCUGUCUUUACUGGGCUACGCGCUACUACGCACCGUACAUAUUCUCCUCCUGCGAGCUGGUUGUGAAGGGAUUCGUUAGCCUGAUGAGCAUCUUGACGAUCACGGUCUUUUCCGAUUUCCUCAAGGCCAUGUACAGCGGGAUAUUCCGCGGCGUCGGGAGACAGCGACACGGUGCAAUCAUGAACUUCGUCAGCUACUACAUAGUGGCUCUGCCGCUGGGGAUUCCCCUAGCCUUCUACACUGGUCUGUCCUACAAAGGUUUAUGGCUUGGCGUAGGUAUUGGUACGCUAGUGCAGGUGGUGAUAGCAGUAUCGCUGAUCUAUCGUUUCGACUGGGAUGAAGAGUCUCUCAAGGCUCAGCGUCGCGUCGGUGUGGAAACCCCCGUGUUGCUGGAACGUGUUGGCGGCGCUGCGAAGAAAGGUCGCAAAGGGGCAAGCAAUGGCAGUGCCGCGGCAGAGGAGCACGUGGAGCUCGUGGCAUUCCGGCGACUACCAACAGCCGGCGAUGACAAUGAUGAUGACGUUGACAACAGCAGCGAACGUUAUACCAUCGACGCCGAGUCGCGGGCCACUAAUCUCAGCGUCAGCUCCAACGUGGAUGAUGAUGAGGAUGACGCCAGCAGUGUGAAUAGCGACCUACGUGUGGUCCGUCUGGAUGCAGACGAUCAGGAGCUGCUACCGGACUCGCCGGCGCCUGCAUCGCCUACACCGCGACCUCCACGCUAUCGGGGAGUGCCGGAUCGGCGUACGCUGAUCAACCGUUUCAUCUUCAUCGCCAUCUCAGUGACGCUGUGCCUCCUCGGCAUCGCGCUGCGCGUCUUCGUGCCGCUGCACCGCACCAGCAGGGACUAUGCGCAGAGCGGUUGCCCUGGCGACGUGGUCAACGGAACCAUGGCAACGCCACCGCCGUCGUUCAACACCAGCGACGCGUUCAACACCAGUGGUGCAGCGUUGGACCUUGCUGCCAUGCCCAUCUCCCCUGCCGGCUGGUCGUUGUUACCGGAAACGCAAUAUCGUGUGUGCAGCGGCUUUUCCUAGGGGUUUGCCUGCGCCCGAUACGGGCUGCAAAAUGAGAAAGACAAGCUCUCGCUCUCUUUUUACUCUCCUCCGUCGGUUUCUGCUGCUGUUGAGUGUGGGGUGAUGUCUUGCGCACGUCCGAUACACUCGGCGGAGGCUAUCCUUCACCCUAGCGAGCAGGUCGGGCGACGAAACCGUAUCAUGGUUCGUUUCGGCAAUGCGAAAAGACCCUGCGUGAGUGAGAGUUCUGGCUAGGUGGUGGCCUGUACAAGUGUACUGCUUAUAUGGCUAAUGGCUCAAUCUCGGGCUUGUCUGUUUUAUAUUGUUUGGGGCAUACGUGCUCAUUCUGGAAGUGAGCGUUCUUGUUCCAGGAGUGUGUGUUCUCAUUCCGGAAGCACUUGUUCCAACUCCGGAAUCAUGUGCUCUCACUCUAGAAGUGGGCAUUCUCGUUCGGGAAGCGUGUGGUCUUCAUCAAGGAGUGCACUGCCAAGCAGUGAUCAUGAGAUCACCACCGCAUGAGAUAGUCCGGUGAUCUAUGUUCCAUCUGUCUGCUGCCAAAAUCAAAUGUGUGUGUGUGUGUGUUUGCGCGCGUGUGCGUGCGCGUGCGUGUGUGUGUGUAUGCGCGCAUGCGCGCGCGCGUGUGUGUGUGUGUGUGUGUGUGUGUGUGUGUGUGUGUGUGUGUGUGUGUGUGUGUGUAGAGUUGCAUAUGCGAUAUGGUGCUAGUGAGCAGUCACAGCGACCAUUCCUACCUAUUUCAUUAUUCUGUUCGAUUAUUUUGCUUUUUGAGAGAAGUGAAAAGAGAAAUGUCAAAGAACUAGCCGACUGUCUUUAUCAAGACCCAAACCAGGGACCGUCGUUACCAUGGCUACAGGCCAGUGAUGCUCUACCAUUUUAAGUCAUGGAGUCGUUAUUUUAUUUUUUUAUUCCACAAUCACGAUGACAUAGUGCCAAUAAACAUGUGAUGCGGGUGAUUUUAACCAGGCAUGGAGUUAUUCUGCUCUGGCAAUGUUUUUCUGCUUCCACUGCUUCUCAUUGUUUCUCAUACCCUUUCCGAUACUGUACUGCGAUAUUGAUGGUUGCAAUGUUCCAACUGCCCGUCCCGUUGUAUUUUACAUAUGAAAAACCUACAUUCAUUGUUUGUGUUUUACUCUAAACCUGUCUUACAGAAAUGUUCCAGGCUGGCCUGUAAUAAUAUUUUACAAGUAUAGGGACAAUAGUCCCGAAACGUUGCAUCUUAGUUCUUACGCCAUGCUUAGAAACAUGCCAUGAAAGUCCUGACGACCUCUUUUGUACGGAGAAUCAUAUCCGAUACUCAUUAUGACUGAAAAAAUAGUAAUAUAUAUUUUAGCCUUUUCACAAUUUUUUUUCACAAUCUACGGGUGAUAUUUCUUUAGUGUCCGUGUGCUCAUGGCUGUAGGCAGGACGCCUGCUAGUAGUAGCGUUAUGCAUGAUGGCCUUUGGGGCGCGGGGAGCUUACCCAGCA